ACUACCCCCAAGUGGACUGGAGAAAACUGAAAAGCCAGCCUCAUCGGCCUUUCUACUAUACUCUACUUGCGUCAUCACAUUCCUUUAGGACGUCAGAGCGUCCCCAGCUGAAAAGUGAUCCAAAAAAAAGAGACAAACAAAAUUCAUCUCUCAAAAUAAAAAAACAAAAGAAGAAGCCCAAAAGGAUUUUGAAAGUUGAAAACUUUGGCCCCUCCUUCAUUUUUAGUCCUUUUUAGUCCAUCCAGGCUUCCAAUCUCUCCCCUUUCUAGUUUCUCCAUUUAUCCUCUCUACCUGUGGCUUCAACAUUGAUUUCCUUCUACCCCUGCCGCCCCCAUUUUGGUGUUCUUCCAUUAUUCGUUUAGUUGUGGGAUUCUACUCUGCACUCAUAUCCAAUCAAGGUUAAAUUAUGAGCCCGGCCAGAAACUGGACCCUUUGAAGUCAAUUGUAAUUUACAUAAUGCCCGGUUUGGAGACAUGGCUAAAGGUGAUUGCACCUGGAGAUGAAACAAAGGCAACGGUGGCAAGCUGAAGAAGAUGCUUUAUUGUGUGCUUAUGUUAAGCAAUUCGCCCCCGAGAAUGGCACCUUGUUUCACAGUGCUGGUCCAAACCCCUGAACCAGGACCCCAAGGCCUUUUUUGAGAGUUGGAGAAUACUUUCCUAAACCUGGGAUUAAGAAGGGAUCACUGACUGAGAAAGAGCAGCGUCUUGUCAUUCGUCUUGAAGCCAAACACGGUAACAAAUGGAAGAAAAUUGCGGCCGAAGUUCCAGGCCGAAGUGCUAAGAGAUUAGGCAAGUUGUGCGAAAGUGUUCAAAGAAAAACAGCUAAGAGGAGAAAAAUUAAGGCACUACAAAGGAGGUAUUACCAAUUAAGUAUAUGUAUUGGCAUUAAUCACGUUCCAGUUUCACAUUUUCUGCUGCAUGUUAAAUUGUGUAAUUGAUUCCUCACAUUUGCUAAAAUAAAUUUAAAAACAGGCCCUUGAUCAGCAUUCAGUAGACGGUAAAUAGGAUCACAUUCUAGAGACCUUUUGCAGAGAAGCUUAUCAAACAACAUAGGGAACAAGGAUCUCUCAUGGCCACUUCUAGAGCACAACUUAUUAAUGCCGACCCACCUGCACGUUCCCCGCCAACAGUACUUCCGCCAUGGCUCUCGAGUUCUUCUGCCGGCACCAUGCCUGUGACAGUGAGACCACCCUCAUCGCCUUCAGUGGCCUUAACCCUUUCGCCUUCACUUGCACCAUCUUUACCUGGAGUCGCAUGGUUGCCACCCGAAAGAUCAACUGAUAAUAUUAUACCUGCUCUUGCAUCCAACAGUUUGCCCCCUGGAGAGAAAGCAUUGUUUUUUGAACUAAUGGAAUGCUGCAAAGAAUUGGAAGAGAAUCGCUGCUCGUUGAUGGUGCAUAAAAAGGAAGCGGCCUGGAGGUUGAGAAGGGUUGAAUUGCAACUGGAAUCUGAGAAGGCAUGCAAGAGAAUGGAGAAAAUGGAGGAAAUAGAAGCUAAGGUGAAAGCUCUAAGGGAAGAGCAGAAAGCUACGCUGGAUAGGAUUGAAGCUGAUUAUAGGGAACAGUUAGCAGGAUUCAGAAGGGAUGCAGAAGCUAAGGAGCAGAAAUUAGCAGAACAGUGGGCUGCGAAACAUUCCCGUCUCACGAUGUUUCUUGAGCAAAUGGGAUGCCAACAAAAGUUUAUGGAGCCUAAUGGUAGUAAUAUGUGAUCAUUAUCACCCUGCCUCUUCAACCUAAAGGGUGAUCCUCAGUUUCUUGUUAUGCUUGUAUGUUUUGAUGGGUUCUUCCAUUAUUAUUUAUUAAUUUUUAUAACACUUUCUUUGAGGAUUCUGCUUCUGCUUGGCUUAAAAUUAUGCUUGCAACGUACUUCUAUUGUGAUGUAUUGUUAUAAAAAGCUAUGUCUGAUCCUCACAGCUCUUGGG